CGCCCGCCUCUCGAUGGUCCCAGGAGGCGGCGGGUGCCCAAAAUGGCGGCGGCGGCGCUUUCGCUGUCGGGCGCCGUAACGUCCCCGAGCCCGGAGCUCCCGGGACCGGGACCGGGCCCGGGCCGGGCCCCCGAGGAGGAGCUGCCGGUGCUGGAUCCGGCCGAGGUGCGGAGCCGCCUGGAGCGCAGCGCCCGACAGUUCCGGAACCGGCGGAAGGUGCUGAUCCGCGGGCUGCCGCCCGACGUCAGCAACCAGGAAGUCCACGAUCUGCUGAGCGACUACGAGCUGAAAUACUGCUUUGUGGACAAAUACAAAGGGACUGCGUUUGUCACCUUGCUCAACGGGGAACAGGCAGAAUCAGCCAUCAAAAAAUUCCACCUGAGCAAACUCCGGGAGAAGGAGAUUUCGGUGCAGCUGCAGCCCACCGAUGCCCUCCUGUGUAUCGCCAACCUCCCCCAGCUCUACACCCAACAACAAUUUGAGGAGCUGGUCCGACCUUUCGGCAACCUGGAACGGUGUUUCCUGGUCUACAGCGAGAAAACGGGACACUCCAAAGGUUAUGGAUUUGUGGAAUAUAUGAAAAAGGAUUCAGCGGCCAGAGCCAAGUCGGAUCUGCUGGGGAAACAGCUGGGCACGCGGACUCUCUACGUCCACUGGACGGACGUCAACCAGUUGACGUUAGACCUUCUCCAUUCCAAGUGCUUGUGUGUCGACAAGCUGCCCCACAACUACGCCGACCUCGAGGAGCUGCGGCAGGUCUUCUCCGCCGCCUGUGCCCCGGCUUUUUGCCAGCUGGCCUACGGUCAGGACGGGCAGCUGAAAGGCUUCGCGGUCCUGGAGUACGAGUCAGCGGAGAUGGCAGAGAUGGUUCAGCAGGCUACGGAUGGUUUGCCGCUCGCCGGGAAUCACGUCCGAGUCUCCUUCUGUGCUCCUGGCCCUCCCGGCCGCAGCAUGUUGGCCGCCCUGAUAGCCGCGCAGGCGACGGCGUUAAAUCGUGGGAAAGGGCUCCUACCCGAGCCGAAUAUCCUCCAAAUUCUCAACAGCCUGGGAAAUCCUGCGUCCCUCCAGCUGUUGCUCAACCCCCUGCUCCACGGGGCGGUCGGAGGAAAACAAGGAAUCCUCGGCGCCGCUCCCUCCGUGCCGCUGGUGACCAACCCGGCCCUCUCCACGGCUCUCCUCCAACUCGCGCUGCAGAACCAAACCCAAGCGCAGCAGAAGCCGGGGAUCCUGGGCGACUCGCCGCUGAGCUCCUUGCCCCACCACGGUGCCCUGGGUUUGGCCAACGCGCCGGCGCAGCCCCCCAGCCAGCUCUUGGGAGAGCUCUCCUCAGGUGGCCCCUUGCCCGGUGACAUGGCACAGGGACACGUAAAAUCACCAAUUUUGCCUUCUGGAAACGUACCCCUGGCUUCUUUCCUGGGACCGGUGGGAGUAGAUCGGGAAAAUUCGGUGUUGGGGACGCAGGUGCCUCAGCUCACCCCUCCCGCCGUCACCCCCCCCAGCUCUUCAGGGUCUCACCACCUCCAUUUUGGGAUCCGUCAUCAGCGGUCUCCAGAAACCAAAGCAGAGCGAGAACGGACCUCCCGCCUCCGGGGUAAGGUCUCGCUCCUGGGGGAGCCCCCCAAAGAUUUCAAGAUUCCUCUCAACCCCUACCUGAACCUGCACAGCCUCUUGCCGGCAAACAGCCUCGGAGGUGCCGCUAACAAAGCGUUUAAUCUGAAAGCCGGUGUUUUGGGGAGCGUUUCCAAUCCCCGCAUCUCCCAGCCCUCCCUGGCCGACCCGCUCCUGCCCUCGCCCGGGCUGGCUGCAGACGGCUACGCCUUCGAUUACCAGCCGGAUUUGGGCUCCCGGAUUUACCCCCAGACGAGAGACCACGCUGGACCCAUCCUGGGGGGCUUUGGGCACAGCAGACACAAGCCCUUCCCCUUCCAGCUCUCCUCGUCCCCGGGGUUCGAGCGAGGGGGUUUGGGGCCCCCCCUGCCCCCCUUUUACUCAGGAUCCCCCAGUUCCUACUUCACCAGUGGCCUUCAAGCUGGGCUCAAGCAGAGUCACCUCAACAAGGCAGUCGGGAUGCCUCCAACGGGCUCCGCGGACGCCGUCCUCGCCUUGGGACCCCCCAGUCACUCGCACACCUCCCAGUCAAAGACCCCCGUGGGUGGCCAGAAACGAGCCUUCUCCCACCUCCUGCCCUCCCCGGAGCCCAGCCCCGAGGGCUGCUACGUGGGGCAACACUCCCAGGGCCUGGGGGGCCAUUACGCCGACUCCUACCUGAAGCGGAAGAGGAUAUUUUAGCCCCCCUCACAAAUCCUUUCCUCCCCCCCCACCUGUAAAUCUUGUACAAAUGUGGGUUUUUUUGGUGGGUUUUUUUUUUGGUUUUGUUUUUUUUUUUAUGUUUAGUCCUUUUUUGAUUAUUUUUGGAGGGUUUUAAAGUGAUGUGAAAGACUUGACCCUGGCUCGCCGGAGGAUGGAGCAGGGCGGCGGGGGGGGGGAUAUCUUAUUGCAGACCCCCCCCCCCGCCCCGGUGCCAUGAGGGGGUCCCUGAGAGCCACCCCCCCCUUUCCUGUGCCCCCCCCCCCCCCCGAGCAGUAACUGGGAGUCGCGUGUCCCCCUGUGUUGUGUGGCCCCCCCCCCCCCAAAAAACACGCGCUCCCUGCCUUAACCCGCUGCUUGGUGUGAGGAACUGGGGGGGGGUCCCCAUUCCUGGGUGUGGGGGGGGACACAUGGUGCCACCCCCCCCAGCCCCAUGCUCCCCUCCUGGGGGGGGGGGUCC